UCCCUUCUGCUGCUGAGCACAUACAAUGUGACAACACUUCCAAUCUACUCAGAACAACCCUCUCUCCAGCAGAGUGUCACCUCCUGCGUUAGGAUCAUCAAGCACUGCUGCCUGGACCUCACCCUGCCUCCAGGAUCACUUUGCAAGGCUUUCACUCUUCCCCACCUUGCCUGGGGGUAAAUCUCUUCUGCGGAAUCUUAGCAAAUCAAAUUCCAUCCUAAGAAUAUUUCACCAAGCAUUUCCUUAGGAGCUGUGCUGGGUCAUGACCCCAGGAUUUAAGAAGUUCUUCAAGACAAUGUCAAAUAUGAUCCAAGAGAAAAUGUGAUUUGAGUCUGGAGACAAUUGUGCAUAAUAACUAGUAAUAAAUCCCAGUACAGCAGACAGAAGAGAAUACGUUAUCCAAAAGAGUGCUACACUUAGAAAGAAAAGCUGCUCCCAGUUUGAUUUAUAUUAUAUAGCAUAUUUUUUUGGCAUUAAUGAUGGAGAAAAAGUGUAUGCUGUGUUUUCUGCUUCUCUUGCCUUUUUUUAUGAUUCUUGUCAUAGCAGAACCAGAAGAGGGUCAUGAUGACCUGAAUCAGUUGGGUGUUACUAGAAAUAAAAUCAUGACAGCUCAAUAUGAAUGUUACCAGAAAAUUAUGCAAGACCCCAUUCAACAAACAGAAGGCAUCUACUGCAACAGAACCUGGGAUGGCUGGCUGUGCUGGAAUGAUGUGGCAGCCGGGACGGAAUCAAUGCAGCAUUGCCCUGAUUACUUUCAGGACUUUGAUCCUUCAGAAAAAGUUACAAAGAUCUGUGACCAAGAUGGAAACUGGUUUAGACAUCCAGCAAGCAACAGGACAUGGACAAAUUACACUCAGUGUAAUGUGAACACACAUGAGAAAGUGAAGACUGCACUGAAUUUGUUUUACCUGACUAUAAUUGGACAUGGACUAUCUAUUGCAUCACUGCUUAUCUCACUUGGCAUAUUCUUUUACUUCAAGAGCCUAAGUUGCCAAAGGAUUACUUUGCACAAAAAUCUGUUCUUCUCCUUCAUCUGUAACUCUGUUGUAACAAUCAUUCAUCUCACUGCAGUGGCCAACAACCAAGCCCUAGUGGCCACAAAUCCUGUUAGUUGUAAAGUGUUCCAGUUCAUUCAUCUUUACCUGAUGGGCUGUAACUACUUUUGGAUGCUUUGUGAAGGCGUUUACCUACACACACUCAUUGUGGUGGCCGUGUUUGCAGAGAAGCAACGCUUAAUGUGGUAUUAUUUUCUUGGCUGGGGAUUUCCACUGAUUCCUGCUUGUACACACGCCAUAGCCAGAAGCUUAUAUUACAAUGACAACUGCUGGAUCAGUUCUGACACCCAUCUCCUCUAUAUUAUCCACGGCCCAAUUUGCGCUGCUUUACUGGUAAAUCUUUUUUUCCUGUUAAAUAUUGUACGUGUUCUCAUCACCAAGUUGAAAGUUACUCACCAGGCAGAGUCCAAUCUCUACAUGAAAGCCGUGAGAGCUACACUGAUCCUGGUGCCAUUACUCGGGAUUGAAUUUGUGCUGAUUCCAUGGCGACCUGAGGGAAGGAUAGCAGAGGAGGUGUACGACUACAUCAUGCACAUUCUUAUGCACUAUCAGGGUCUUUUGGUCUCUACAAUUUUCUGCUUCUUUAAUGGAGAGGUUCAAGCAAUUCUGAGAAGAAACUGGAAUCAAUAUAAAAUCCAAUUUGGAAAUGGCUUUUCCCAUUCAGAUGCUCUUCGUAGCGCAUCCUACACUGUGUCAACAAUCAGUGAUGGCACAGGUUAUAGUCAUGACUGCCCAAGCGAACACUUAAAUGGAAAAAGCAUCCAUGAUAUUGAAAAUAUUGUCUUAAAGCCAGAAAAGUGCAACGAUUAUAUUAUAUAAUAGAGGCAGGAUUGCUUCACUAUUUUAUGCCACUCCUAACUCAAGGACUUGGAUCCAUGACUUUAUAACCAGAAGACUUCAAUAUUAAGUGACUUUCUUGAGUACCACAAAGAAAGCCCUCACAUGAAUUCAGCAUUGUGUUGAUAAAUAUUUGACAACUAUCUCUAUGGAGGGGAAAGAAAGCCCUGAUUUGUAAUGGUUGCCAGUUUUUACUACCUUUGGUCCUACCUUGGCUGAUUUCAAGCUAUUAACUUGACAACACUGAAUGUGGAAUUAGGAAAAGAUGACCAUAAUCAACUGUUGUGGCUGGUGUAAGCCAGUUCUAGCACACUACUGCAUGAACUCACAAAUGAAUGAGACUCUAAACGUUUAUAUACACCUUGGGCAUGAAUCUACUCUUGUCAUAAAGAGACCUAGCUAAGGUCUGCAGACGUGGAGGGAAAACUAGCUUUUCACUUAUUUUUUAAAUCUUUAUCUGAUAUUCAUUGGUGCAGUUGACUUUUUUUUCCCCUUAGAGAAUAGUCUAGCCCUUUCUGUAUUUACCCUUUCAAAUGGAACAGAUAGGGAGUUACUUACUCCUGUUAACUUACCUUCUUCUUCCCAAGAAAGGCAACUGAGCAGAAUUGCUGCCGGCUACUCAUUUGCUGAAACAUCACAGUUAUACUCUGUGUCAUAUCUGUUUUUGAGACUUGAUGAACAGUAUGUAUGACAUGCAGUCCUACUUUGGUAUCAUUAGGGAGACAGCUCCGUUGAUACUAUGAAACACCUUCUCAGCUGCUUUCCUACCUUACUACAUAAGUGAGAGGGAACCGGAGUCCCUGUAUCUGUAAACAAAAACUUUGCCCCUUCCAUCUCUACUGUGUAGACAAAUUAGCAAAUACUUCACAUGAAGAAAAUCAAUGAAGGGUUUCUUAUUUCCUUGGCAGUUUGUGAAAGAAAAAAAAAUGUUGUGAAAAAUAAGCUUGUAAAUACUCAGUUAUUCUAUUUUAUAGCCUUAAGUCAAAUACAUACACUCUAGGUAACAUUUUAAAAAAUAAAUACAUAAUGUGACAAUGUAUGAAUGUUGAUAUCUGAUACUGUGUCUGGGCAGAUUUUAUAAUAAAAUAGAGUCUGGAAUUCUAUAUUUGGUAAAUAUUUUAAAGACAACCAGAUGUCAGCAUCAGAAGUUUAGAACUAACAAAAUAGCUAUGAUAACAUAUAAAAUAUUUAUUGAAAACAAACUCAAAGCCAUAUUUUAAUUGAUCAUAUGAGCUUGGGUGUUUCAUACCUUAAUAAUAGGUAUGUUUGACAUAUUUCUCUUUUUAUUUUGACGAUGAACUUGUUUUCUAAUCCAGAAAAUUUUAGUGACUCCUACUGUAAUAAAUGCUAACCCGCUACUUUUAUGGUUUUUACCCCAUUAAAAAUAUUAAUUUUCUGACUUUUACUUUAUGAAGAUAUACAGCUUUGGAAAUAUUCCAGGUUAUUUUUUAAAACUAUAAGAAUACAAUAUAUAUCAUAUACAGUGUUUUAAUAUUUUAAUAGAGCUACUAUAUAUGAUAAUACAAAUCAGCAAAAGAUUUGAACAUAGCAUUGAGUAAGAAUUGUUGUCAGUAUGUUUAUGGAAUAAUUAAAUUAAGAUGGAAGAUAGCCUUGCUAAUGAAUUAAAAUGACAUUUAAAGGUGAUUCAAUUUCCCUAAAAUUAUUUUCCACUGAAAUAUAUGAAAAACAAAAAUGCCAUCAAUGAGUAAAAGUCAGUUUUGGGAGGAGAAGUCACUAUUUGUAUAUGUUUUUACAGUGUAUCAAUCUGCUUAAAAUGGAUUAAACAAUUCAGUCAUCAAAGUUUGUUUCUUAAGCUGUCAAUAGAUGGUGAGUUCAGAAGUCAUUUGAAAUUGUCCAGGAAAAUCAUCUAACUUAGUAAGAAUAACAUAUUAAAUGGCCUAGCUAAUACUCUUAUAAUGUAUCUAUCUAUAUACAUGUAAAGACUUUGUCAAAUUUGUGGAUUUCAUAGCAAGGUCACAGAAAAAGGAAUAUAGGCUGUUCUGAACAUUCUACUGACUAAAUUAUACAAAGGAAUCCUUUAAAUAAAUUCAAUUUUUAGCUAUUUAUUAUUCAAAGACACAGAUCAAAAUCCUUUGCUGAUACUGUACAUAUUUCACCAUUCUUCCAGACAAACUGUCAAGUCUCAACCAUAAAUGACAGUAGAAAAUGUCAAAUUAUCAGCUAGCAUUGUAUUAAAAUUACACUGCAAUUUUCAAGAUUUUUUAUUGUGUUUUUAUCAUAUUAACUUUAGAUCACAUUUCCUUUAUGGCCAGGAUUUAUCUAUUGUACAGUCUUCAGCUGUAAGCAGUAAUUACUCUGUGUUAGUUUUGUACUAAUAUUUUUUAGGGGUAAUAUUUUUUAAAUUUUAGACUUCUCUAAAGCUGAAGUACUAAUUAAGAUCUCUUUUGUAUCUUAAUCAUGAUGAAAAAUUAAUAUCAAUAUUUUAAAAGUAAACUUCUUCAGUAUCUAAAAACUAAUUUUGGGAAUUUAUAACUUUUAAAAUGCAGAUCUGCUAUUUUUCUUCAAGUACUUGUGUAAGUGAUAUUUUAAUUUUUUAAAAAUUCUAAUCUGUUGGGGUUUUUUCCUAAAGUUAUUUUUCCAAUGCAUUUAUUCAUAAAAUAUCCAUUCUGGAAUUUAGUGUUUGUUCAAGUGUAAUCCAAUGUACAUAGAAUUAGUGAUAGCUGUAGUGCUGUAUUUAUUGCUUAAUAAUUUUUUCAAAAAUGUGAACUUAUUUUAAUUUUCUCUUGGUUUUAACCUGCUAAUAGAAACCACCAUUUCUAUUACCUAUAAAACAUACCAAAGAUAUUCUGAGCAAUUAUAACAAUUCAUGUUAUGCCUACUUAAUGUAUAUCUCUAUUUUUUGAUUGUAUGAAAAUAUUAAAGUUAUGAGUUAAAAGUGA